AUGAUGGAUUACAGCUCAGAUCGUGGCUAUGAUGACUCGUACCGUCGUGACAUACAAGACGAACAGCUACCACCGCAGGAUUACGAAGUGGAGACUGUUGAUGACCGGAGGAGCGGUGGGAUGCAGAUGAAGCAAUCCGUUGAGCAUCGCCAUUCUUCUUCGUCCAUGUCUUCUCCUGGGAAACUGUUCGUUGGUGGAGUUUCUUGGGAAACAACAGAAGAGAAAUUUGCGGAUUACUUUGGGAAGUUUGGAGAAGUUGUCGACUCUGUAAUCAUGACAGAUAGAAUGACUGGAAAGCCAAGGGGGUUUGGGUUUGUAACUUUUGCUGAUUCAGCUGUUGCAGAGAAAGUUUUGGAGGAAGAUCAUGUAAUUGAUGACCGAAAGGUUGACCUAAAAAGGACAGUUCCUAGAGGGGACAGGGAUAAUGAUAUCAAAGCGGUCUCAAAGACGAGGAAGAUCUUUGUUGGUGGACUUCCACCAUUUUUGGAACAAGAUGAACUGAAGAAGUAUUUCUGUGUAUAUGGUGACAUAGCUGAGCAUCAGAUCAUGUACGACCACCACAGUGGAAGGUCAAGAGGGUUUGGUUUUGUAACUUUUGAGACUGAAGACUCUGUGGACAGACUUUUCUCCGAUGGGAAAGUUCAUGAGCUCGGUGACAAACAGGUCGAAAUAAAGAGAGCUGAACCAAAGAGAACCGGGAGAGAUAACAGCUUUCGUGGCAAGUAUGAUCAGGAAGA